CAGCAGUCCUCGCGCUGAAAAAAUUUGGAAUCGUUUUAAGUCACCAGUCUAUCAGCUGCCUGCUUUGAACACAACUUGACCAGUUGCUACUAGGAAGACGUAACUAUGACAGAGUACUCUUGGUUUUACAGGAUUUGAACACUCCAAAUACAGAAAUUAUGUGGCAACUAAUAUCUCAUUGGUCACCCUUGGUUACACCCCUGAUUUUUGGUCUGCUUCUGCAAGCACCAUUCACACAGCCUUCCACCAUCACACAGCCAAACUUUGUCCUGUUGCUGGCUGAUGAUCUCGGCAUAGGGGAUGUAGGUUGCUAUGGGAAUGAUACUAUCAGGACCCCCAACAUUGAUCGCCUGGCAAAGGAAGGAGUGAAGCUGACCCAACACAUUGCUGCAGCCCCGCUGUGCACCCCCAGCAGAGCAGCUUUCCUCACUGGCAGAUAUCCCCUCCGAUCAGGAAUGGAUGCUAUAAACGAUUACCGUGUCAUUUUUUGGAAUGCCGGCUCAGGAGGGCUUCCUGCAAAUGAAACCACUUUUGCCAAAAUACUGCAGCACCAAGGCUACAGCACAGGACUGAUAGGGAAGUGGCAUCAAGGUGUUAACUGUGAAUCCCGCAAUGACCAUUGCCAUCACCCUUUAAAACAUGGAUUUGACUAUUUCUAUGGGAUGCCUUUUACACUAAUAAGUGACUGUCAGCCAACAGAAACACCAGAGAUGGACAGAGCCUUUAGAAGGAAACUCUGGCUUUCCACUGAAAUGAUUGGCCUCAUUACACUCACUGCUGUCCUUGGGAGACUGACCGGCUUGAUUUCAGUCCACUGGAAAACACUGACCUGCCUUGCUGGGUUCAGUCUCCUGUUCUUCAUAUCCUGGUUCUCAAGUUAUGGAUUUGUACGGUACUGGAACUGCAUUAUGAUGAGAAACCAUGGAAUUACUGAGCAGCCAAUGGUGACAGACAGAACUACCUCCCUUAUCUUGAGAGAGUCCAUUUCAUUUAUUGAAAGAAAUAAGCACAAGCCAUUCCUCCUCUUUCUUUCCUUUCUGCAUUCCCACACCCCUCUCCUCACCACAGAGAAGUUUCUUGGGAGGAGCAGACAUGGUUUAUAUGGAGACAAUGUAGAGGAGAUGGACUGGAUGGUGGGCCAGGUUCUAGAUGCUAUUGACAAGGAAGGCUUGAAAGAAACUACACUAGUUUACUUUGCCUCUGAUCAUGGUGGAUGGCUGGAAAGGCAAGAAGGUGAAAGGCAGUUGGGUGGCUGGAAUGGAAUAUACAAAGGUGGAAAAUCUAUGGGAGGCUGGGAAGGAGGAAUCCGCGUCCCAGGGAUAUUUAGAUGGCCAGGAGUGUUACCUGCAGGCACAGUUAUUGAUGAACCUACAAGCCUUAUGGAUAUUUAUCCUACAGUAGUUCAUUUGGCUGGAGGGGAAGUGCCUCAGGACAGGGUGAUCGACGGGCGGGAUCUGCUGCCUUUACUGCGAGGAGUGGUGGCGCACUCGGAGCACGAGUUCCUGUUCCAUUACUGUGGCGUUCACUUACACGCCGUGCGCUGGCACCAGAAGGACACUGGAGCUGUUUGGAAGGCUCAUUUCAUGACUCCCAUUUUCAGUCCUCCCGGAGCAGGGGCUUGUUAUGACAGAGGAUUUUGCCCAUGCUUUGGGGACGGAGUGACCCAUCAUGAGCCUCCAUUGCUGUUUGAGCUCUCGCAAGACCCUUCUGAAGCCAAACCUCUCUCGGCUGACACGGAGCCCCUCUUUGACACUGUCAUAAGGAAGAUUGGCAGAGCCAUAGAGGAGCAUCGCAGGACACUGACUCCAGUGCCAGAGCAGCUCUCUGUGUCCAACGUGGUGUGGAAGCCGUGGCUGCAGCCGUGCUGUGGGACAUUCCCAUUCUGUUGGUGUGAUAAGGAAGGUGAUAAUAAACUUGUUGACCUAUAAAGGAGAG